CCAACACGGUGUAUCAGACUGAAUUUUUGAUGCCUGUGGUCAUAGAUAAUAAAAGAAUGGAUAGGACAUGCCUAUACUCACUCCACAGCGUGCCGCGGUCUUUUUUGGGGAAGAGAGAGCUACAAGAGAGACAGACGAUAACGUGCCUUUUUCAAGGUUAUGUUACAAACAUCUUUAAAUAUUAUCUAUGGAUAAGAGAUAUCUGCUUAUCACUGGAUUAUAUUAUUAUUAAAUAUUAAUGUAAAUUUAAUUAUUUUAAUUUUUAAACUUUUAUUUUUUCUUGUGAUUUUACGAAAAUUAAUUAUUUAGUCAUACAUAAGAAUAAAAAAAAAAUGGUUCAUCGAUGCGUAAUUUGCCACUCCAACUCGACUAAAAAUCCAAAUCUAAGUUUUCACCGGUUUCCAAAAGAUCCUGAAAAACGUGAAGUAUGGAUAAAUAAUUUAAAUUUAAAAAUGCAAAUAAAAGAUUGGCAUCAAAUAUGCAGCCUACAUUUUUCUCCAAUGAGCUAUGUAUUUAGCAAUGAGAGAAAAAUAUUAAAAUUUGAUGCACUACCAGUAUGUCAUGAAGAAAGAGAAACAUUGAAUAAUGCUGCAAUACUGCCAGAUGAAUUAACGCCUGAAGAUUUUAGUUUGACUGCGUCUGUUUCACAAAAUGUUGAAGAAAUACAUGUAUUAUCGCAGACACCACCUACUUUGUCUCUUUCUGAAAAUAUUGAUGGAAUACAUGUACUGUCACAAACACCACCUACAUUGUCUCACUCUGAAAAUAUUGAUGGAAUACAUGUAUUGUCGCAGGAACCAAUAUGUUCACAUACUACACCUCAUUCUGAAGAAUUCAUGAUAAAAAGAAAGUUCCACUCUUCUUCAAGAGUUGGGGAUUUGGACGAAGAUGACUUUAUAACACCCAAGAGAAGGAAACGUAAUUUGGCAGUAGUUAAAAAUUCAAUUUUUAAUCUUCGUCGUAAAAAUAAGUUAUUACACCAAAAAAAUGUGAGGCUACAAAAAAAAUGCAAAAAUCUAUCCGAUAUAAUUAAUCAACUUAAAGAAAAGUGUAUGAUAUCAGAUGUUGCAGCUGUAGACUUGGAGGUAAUUUUUUUAUUAUAUUCUUAAAAUGUUUCAUGUUUAUUUUAUUUGUUUUAGAUUUUGCGCCAAGCGAUGAAUAUAUGUGUGUUUUUUGGUGUCAUACUAAAAAAAAUAA